AUGCUGUUCCUGGUGCGAUCGGUGCUGGAGUCGGUGAAUGUGUUUGCAGAUCUCUUUGUGACGACACUACAGAGUUGGGCAAGAACGCGCGCGUAUGGCCUGAAUCCGGUGGUGGUGCGGUACUACCGCUUCCUUAAGCGCAUUCGCUUCGUAUAUACGUGCUUGUACCACCAGGAACUGUGCGUGUAUCCAUGGCAUGGUGAGUGUCGAGAACUGUCAGUUGCUCUUCUGUCAUCAUUCAACGCGGCUGAGGUGGAGUUUGGUGCGUCUGCAUUAGGAAUAUAUUCGGCAAGUGCUGGUGUGAGCAACUCGGGCACUGUUGUAAGUAACCUGAGCACUGACAUACGUGGCACGAGCAUCGAUGUCGUAGGCACGAGUGCUGAUCUAAGUGGUACGACUACUGCGAGCGCGUUAGCUGGCUUGGAGACAGCAAUGGCUGUCCCGAGCGACGACGAGAUGUCUACUGAAUUGGCGGUCGCCGGCAAUGCAGCAAUGAGCAGUUUAUGCGCGCGUUACGCAGGUGAGAGCAGUAAAAUCGGUUCAAAGACGUUCUCUGGCCGUGACGCUGUGCAGGAGUUCCAGCGCGUAUGCCUUGGUGUGGCUUCGGAUGAGGCUGCUCUGGCAUCUCUGCUGCUGUCAAAGACUGUAGAGCAUCGCUGCCUGAUUUGGUAG